GUUUGAACACGUAGCGAUGGUACCUAGCCGUUUGCAAUUGGAACCCCAAUAGAUCAAGACCCAAUCCUGAAACAUUGGGACAUGACGCCCUCGAACGAUGCUGAACUAGUCGCUUUCAUCGCACGCCAACGCGAAUUACUUGCUCGAGAGCGUCAAGAAGAAGUCAACCGAAGCUCGCUGUUGCUAUCAAACUGCAGUCAGAAGCAACUAGAGCACAAGGGACUCGCCAUAGGAGGUCUUGGUGUGGCAUCUCUGAACAUCGGACUGGGGGGAAAGACGCUCGUCGAGUUAGAACGGCCGACAGCAUACAACGCGAGCCCAUUACUACCGCCACACACACUCCGCCCCGGUGAUUUGGCAAGGGUGGAGGAAAAUGUUACUGGUGCCGGUACCGCUAGCAAGUUCGCGAAGGGUAGAAAACCCUCUACCGCUCCUGACAAGGAGUGCAAGUCCACGGAAGGCGUUGUUUACCAGGUCUCCGAUUCUCGCAUAGUCAUUGCAUCGGACGCUGAAGAUGUGGACCUGCCAGAACGAUGUCGCAUUGUUAAACUCGCGAACAGUAUAACAUACGACAGGAUGGAUAAAGCUAUCGACCAAAUGGAGCGCGUCGUAUUACCGUCUCAUGGUGACAAGGGUUAUCCAUCUCCGCCGCCAAACCGACUCGUUCAAAUUCUCCUCGGCCUCGCCUCGCCUUCGCCUUUAAGACCAAUCGAUCACCUAACCUUCUUUAAUGAAGGUCUCAAUUCGACUCAAAGGGAGGCAGUAAAAUUUGUUUUACAGUCUCCCGAAGUCGCCUGUAUACACGGCCCUCCAGGAACGGGAAAGACGCAUACUCUCAUUGAGAUAAUUCGACAGUUGACGUCUAUCACCGCUUGGAACCCUAGACCUCAACGUUUACUUGUCUGUGGUGCAUCAAACUUGUCGGUUGAUAAUAUCCUUGAAAGACUCCUAGCACUUCCUCCCCCGAGCGACCCCAAGCAAGGCAAGAUCAAGGUCACAAGAGUCGGACAUCCCGCGAGGGUCAUGGCGAAAGAGGGUGUCCUAGAAGCAACUCUCGAGGUUCAGGCAGGCAGGAGUGACCAAGCGGCCCUGGCAAAAGAUGUGAAGAACGAGUUAGAGGCUACGUUAGAUAGUCUCAACGGCAAAGGCAAAGGAGCCAAGGCCAAACGCCCCCGAGGACUCGAGCGGAAGAAGAUGUGGGAUGAUGUCCGGGCUUUGCGAAAGGAGUACCGUAAGCGUGAAGGUGGCGUGGUUGAAAGUGUCUUGAAAGCGUCGGAGGUCGUUCUAGCUACUUGUUUCACAUCCGGUGGCCGGCAGUUGUUCAAUCAGGAUUUCGAUGUGGUCAUCAUCGAUGAAGCAACUCAGGCCAUGGAAGCCGUCUGUUGGAUUCCAGUAUUCAAAGCUGAAAAAUUGAUACUCGCUGGGGAUCCGAUGCAACUUCCCCCUACAGUCUUAUCAUUGGAUGAGGGCAUGUUUGCAGAAACCAAAGGGAUCGCGGACAAGCGUACGGUCAAAUCGACCAGCAAGAAGAUGGCCUACCAGCAGACAGAUGAAGGCAACGAGCCCUCACGCAGAUUCAAUGCCGUAUUACCCUCUCUGGAACCAUCGGAAAGAGAUGAUGUCAUCAUCGAAAGUGAUAGCACAGAAGAAAAGCCUCUUAGCUCAAAGAUCAAGCGUUCGAAACCGCUAGGACGCUUACAAUCUCCGAAAUCCCUCGAGGUCACCCUCUUUGAUCGUCUGGAGAAAAUGUAUGGUUCAAACAUCAAGAGGAUGCUCAGAAUCCAGUAUCGCAUGCAUGCUCACAUCAAUGCAUUUCCGUCAAAAACUCUAUACUCAAACAAACUCAUCCCUCAUCCCACUGUCGCGAAUCACCUCCUGCGAGACCUCCCGAAUAUUGCAACCUCGGAGAAUGACCUAGACUUAGAUGCCUUGGAAACCCCAGUGGUUUUUUUCGACACGGCAGGAUGCGAAUAUCACGAGCGGACUGACGGCGACGGCGACGAAGGAAGCAAAUGUAAUGAGAACGAAGCGAGUGUUGUCAAGCACUGGGUAGAAACGCUGGUCGGUGCGGGGAUUCUACCUGACCAGAUUGCGAUCGUGACGCCAUAUCAGGCCCAGGUCCAGCUUCUUACCUCGGUUUUGCGACCAACUUUCGGGUCCGACCUUGAAAUUGGGUCAAUCGAUGGCAUGCAAGGGAGAGAGAAGGAGGCUGUCAUAAUAACUCUCGUGCGGAGUAACUCGAAGCGCGAAGUCGGAUUUCUGAAGGAGAAAAGGAGGCUUAACGUUGCAAUGACACGAGCGAAACGCCACUUAUGCGUCGUAGGAGAUUCCUCGACUGUUCAACAUGGCAGCUCCUUUCUGAAAGCAUGGAUGUCGUGGCUGGAGGAGAAUGCCGACGUGCGGUACCCAGAAAUAUAGUCCGCUGUACAAGAUUACCACUGACGUGUUCUUGCGAUGAUAUAUGUGC